CAGUGAGCUGCGGCUGGGUCAUCAGUCAUCCUUAAUCUAAGGAACAGACUUCAAACAAUCAAUAAUAUUGUUCUUUGAGAGGCGAAAUAACAGAACUUUUGUCAUUGUUUUUUGUCACCUCUGUGUAAAAAAGGCUCCAGAUCUUGCCACAGCAAGUGGCUAAAUCGGCUUUUGGGAAUCCACAGGUUCCUCUGGCUGUUUUGUUUUUUUUUUUCUUUUUUUUUUUAUGGAUAAGAAGUGAAUGACAGCAGUAGUAGGCGACGCACUCUAUUACAGUCCUAACAGCGUCUUGGCAACGCGGAUUUUUUUUUAACGACAGAAAUGAUGUAAUUAAUAUUCGAAAUUAGUUUUUGAACGCGUAAACAAUGAGUUGCCAGCCAGGAGGUGUUGGAAACCUAAAUGGGCACAUGGGCACUUCACCAGCUCUGUGCUGUCACCGUGUUAUUGCAUAUUCUCUUGCCUUUUAGCUGAUAGUUGUGGAUUUAAAGUCGAGGACAGACAUCUGCGGAGGAGCGGAGGAGAGGCUGUGGACUUACUCAUCUCAACACUUCGGACAAUCCGACUCCUGGGACCAGGUGUGAACAACUUCAGAGGCAACUUUACGGUUUCUCCGACAAAGUAAGAGGGAUACUGCCCACAACCAGGCAGAUCAGAUCCCGCAGCAGCUCAACAUGACAGCACGAACAAGAGUUCAGCCGUGCAUGCUGUUUCUUUUGAUUUUUGUCGUCCACUUGAGCCAGCCGGUGUGUGUCAACGUCCCGUCGGAGACAGAGGCAGUGCUGGGGAAAUCCAUGAAGCUGACCUGCAUCUCCUGCAUGAAAAGGGAGGAGGUCAGCGCCAAGACAAGUGUGGACUGGUUCUACCAGCCAAAAGAAGACCAAAACACUGGGUUUGACAACUGUCAGGAUUGCAUGCAUAUUUUCGAGUAUAAGGAUGGCCAACCAAAUGAACUGGAGGGGCCGUGGAAGGGCCGUCUGAGUUGGAACGGGAGUCAGGACCUGCAGGACGUCUCCAUCAGAAUCCGCAACGUCACAUACAAUGACAGUGGCGUUUACCACUGCCGCGUGUUUCGCAAGUUUGAUUUUGACUACUUCACUCCCUCGGUCACCAAGAAUAUGACAAUCAAUUUGAGCGUCAAAGAAAAAGCCAGUGAAGACCCCACGGCGCUGUACUCUGAGAUCAUGAUGUAUGUGCUGCUGGUGUUCUUGACCUUCUGGCUCCUGGUAGAGAUGGUCUACUGCUACCGGAAGAUCUCCAAGUCUGAUGAGCAGGCACAGGAUACAGCGACAAACUACCUAGCCAUUCCUUCUGAGCACAAAGACAACCCAGCUGCUCCUGUUACCGAAUAAAAGUGGUUGUCUGACUCGCUCUCAGUGACACGGUAUUGACCCGUGGUGAAGGCACUUCAGUCAUGUGACAGAAAACAGGGUCAUAGAUUCUGCUUCGUCAUCUGUGCCGCUGUGACGUUAUCAUUGCUCUCAGACUGAAACGGGAAUCCUGCCAUCCGACCGAUUCUGCGUUAAAGUCACGUGAUGAACCAAUCAGUGUGUCCAAGUGCUCAAUUUUUAUCGCCUCUCUCUCUCUCUCUCUCUUUUUUUAACCUUUGUGCCAAGCAUCUGUGAGCAGGUGUUUAUACCGUAUAGCAGGUUACAGAACAGUGUCAGUGUCCUCUCCAGAGAAAUAUAGCCAUGCUUCUUUUGAAUCUGUCAAAGCUUCAAUGUAAUAAGCAUUUUUUUUGUAGUCACUGGUGCAACUGUGAUCUAUAAACCACCUUUGCAUAGAUUUUACAGAUCAGAAGCAAGGAAGAUAUCUAGCCCAUCGCUGUCAAGGUUAUUCAACUUACUGUAUACUCAUUUUUUUUUUUUUGUGUGUUAACUCUUACACUUUUGAUAGACAAUGCUGAGAUUUCAGGUCAAAGUUUUAUUUGUAUUUGGCCAAUAUCUUUUUGAUCUCUUUUUAAGGAAAAUGGAUUGCAUAGCUUUUAUACCGCGUGGAUGUGCUUUUCCUCUUGUUUUACUGUGUGUCACUGCAACCGAAAUAUAACAAACAUAUACAAUAACAGACAACAACAAUACACAAUAACUGUAUGACGUCACUGUAUUUCAGCUGAACUGAACUGAUCGUGAGGUCUUGGCUUUCCUAUUCACUCCUCUGUGCUUCUGAGUUUUUACCUUCCUGCUCUACUCUACUUUAAGUGGAAGUAAGUCAAGUACCGAUGCAGAAAUCUACUGAACUAAAAGUAAAAAGUAGCUAAUUCAAAAUGAACUCAGUAAGAGAUGCUUUUCUUUUAGAAAGGAGAAUUGUGUCACGUGAUCUUUUGUGUUCGGUUCCUAAAGGACACAUGACAGAGUUCACAUUCCUGUCUUUUAAUUGGAAAUAUUAGAAAUUACAAAAUAAGAUUCACAAAAAAAGCAAAGCUAAACUCUUCUCUUAUUGGCUGACUUACCAUUUACUGCAAAUGUCUCUCCAGUUGGACAGUUUCUGAUGCUGUGAAGACUUGGCAGAAUUUGUUUUCUGUAAUAGGCGUGAUUAGAUGUGAUUUUAAAUUGUAGGAACGUGUAUUUCAUUACAAAAAGGUACUUAACCCUCCUGUUAUCUUAAGAGUCAAUUUGACCCAAUUCAGUGUUUAACAUCUCUAAAUACACGAUUACAUUGAUUUUUUUUUUUUUUUGCUUCAUAUUUCUUGGCUUUUCCUAAUUUAGUGGGGAUAAGUGGGUAAAAAUAAAAUUAACGUAUAUUUCCAAUAUCCUGGACAGAUUUUGUAGCUGUGGGUGUUACUAGGCUUUAUACACAUUUGCUGUAGCUGGUUUGGUUGACACUGAGGAACUAAAUCAUGCCAUUUAUAAUCAUCAGAAAAACUGACUUGUCUCAAAUUUUCUUUAGGGCCCUCACCUAACAUCAGCACACCUGUAGUAGUACCACAACUACUGAUAGUUCAUAUGACAUUUGGGGGAGAAGAACUUGAUUCCCACAAGAACUUAGGUUAUGUUUUCUGUGAGAGGCUAUUUAGAUAGUCGACAAGACACAUAAACUUGGGUAACAGUUUUUAUUAUAAUGCUUUUCAGGAGGUUUAAGAUACUGGAGUUGGUAAAUCUGAAGCUAGCAGGAGGGUUAAAUAAAAUUUAAAUUACUUUUAAAACAUUAUUG